CUGCGGCGCCGGGCAUUUCUCCGCAGCUCGGCUCGCGGCCGCGCCCGCCCGGCCCGCGCCCAUGCAGGCCAUCAAGUGUGUGGUGGUCGGCGACGGCGCCGUGGGGAAGACCUGCUUGCUGAUCAGCUACACUACCAACGCCUUCCCGGGAGAGUACAUCCCCACCGUUUUCGACAACUACUCCGCCAAUGUGAUGGUUGACGGGAAGCCGGUCAACCUGGGGCUGUGGGACACUGCUGGGCAAGAGGACUACGACCGGCUGCGGCCACUCUCCUACCCUCAGACAGACGUCUUUCUGAUCUGCUUCUCCCUGGUGAGCCCAGCCUCCUUUGAGAAUGUUCGAGCCAAGGGCAGGGGUUUCUUGCCUGAAGACCUUCCAGAGGCAGACUGUCCUUUGGAGGCAGAGGUGAUGCCGUUCUGCUGGCUGUGGGGUCUGAAGUGGUACCCAGAGGUGCGGCACCACUGCCCCCACACGCCCAUCCUCCUGGUGGGCACCAAGCUGGACCUCCGAGAUGACAAGGACACCGUCGAGCGGCUGCGGGACAAGAAGCUGGCGCCCAUCACCUACCCCCAGGGCCUGGCUAUGGCCAGGGAGAUCGGCUCUGUCAAGUACCUGGAGUGCUCGGCCCUGACCCAGCGGGGCCUGAAGACCGUGUUUGAUGAGGCCAUCCGGGCUGUUCUCUGCCCACCUCCCGUGAAAAAGCCGGGGAAGAAGUGCACGGUCUUCUAGAACCCCCACUUCUGGAGGCACAGCCCGUGCCCACCCAUGUCUGUCCUGUCGAGAUGUUCGAUGUCCCCGAGUCUGCGGUGGGGGAGUGGUGUGGGUGGGGAGGGGAAGGAAGCAUGGGGACCAGGCUGCUGCCCCUGGUGGCGGUGCUGGGGCUGGGAGAUCCUGUCCACCUCUUUCCAGGGGCACAGCUCCGGCCUCCCCUGGUCCCUACGGGAGGCCAGAAGGGAGCAGGGACUCCCUCAGGCUGCAGGGGCGGGCCCAGGGCAGCCCCAGGAUGGGCUUCCCUGCUGGGGGAGGUUGGGGGGUGGGUUCUGUUCUUGUGCCCCAGGAUGGGGCGGCCCUUUCUUAUUUUAUACAAUAAACGUUCUCCACCAUUUCCUGCCUGUC